CCGGACGGUGGAUAUGGAUGGUUUGUAGUGUUGGGCUGUUUCAUCAUGCACGUCAUCAUGGGAGGCCUGGACAGAAGUGAGGGCGUCUUCUUUCUCCUCCUGCAGGACACGUUCAGCCACAGCGCCCAGCUGACUGCCUGGCCGGGAGCCAUCGUCUGCACCCUCCAGCUCUUGCUCGGGCCGCUGGCCAACGCGCUCUGCUCCAAGUACAGCGUGAGAACCGUGGUGAUCGUCGGGGGGCUUCUCAUGUCCUCGGGACUGAUCCUCAACUGCAGCGCAACGAGCCUGUACUUUCUGAUAUUCUCCCACGCCAUCGUCGGCGGUGUAGGAAGGGGGCUGGUCUACGCCCCUGCUCUCAUCAUCGUCGGCAUGUACUUCGACCGUCGGGUCGGGCUGGCGGCGGGCCUAGGGACAUCCGGUGUGGGCAUAGGGACAUUUGUUAUUGUGCCGCUCGCCCAGUAUUUAUCUGAGCACCACGGGUUCAUCGUGACGUACCUCAUCAUGGGAGGCUUGAGUCUCAACAUGCUGGUUGCAGGAAUGCUGUUCCGUCCGUUGAGCAUGCAUUAUAAGAUAACGAGGAGUAGAAGAUACCAGACUAAGAGCGGUCAAGCCAGCGAGGAAGCCGCGACGUUACAUCCAUAUAAGCCAAAGCUGAACAAUGUUCGGAAACACAACGGCCACUACGACAACCAACCAAACUGCAGCGCCGAACAGGAGGGAGUUGUUUCAGGGGCAACAUCGUUACCAGUUGAGGUUGUCAUGGGCAAACAGAAACAACGUCGGGAUGUGAAGAUGAGAUCAGACAAAAAAUGCCCGGCCAGACUUCAUGCCUGGAUCGUGUCUUCUUUUAAACUGUGUUUCCCCGUGGAGAAAUACGCCAAAAAGUCCAAGACGAAACUGUUCCACUUCUACCUGCUCAAGGAGCCACCGUUUCUGAUGUUCUGCGUCAGCAUUUGGCUCUUCGCCAUGGCGUUCAGGGCCGCUUUCACGUUCAUGCCGGCGUUGGUGAAAUCCAGGGGGAUUCCCGAAUCCGAGGCGGCCAUGGCGUUGUCAACAGCGGGCGCUGUUGACACCAUUGGACGUAUUGUGGCGGGGUUACUUUUAGAUACGUCAUUACUGCGGCCCCACCGCCUCGUCCUGUACAACGUGGUUGUGUUUUGCGUGGCCGGCGUGGCGUUCAUUUUACCAUCACUGACCACCAUCGCGUCCUUUUGCGUCUUCUGCGGCCUGUACGGUCUUUUCACGGGGGCUUUCAUCUCUCAGAAGUCAGUCGUCCUCGUGGACCUCCUGGGCCAGGAACACAUGGCCAGCUCAUUUGGGCUUCUGAUAGGCUUUCAGGGGGUCGGGAGUCUGCUGGGCCCCCCACUGGCUGGGACGUUGAAAGACCGCUUCGGAUCUUACGACGAGGCUUUCUACCUUGGAGGUGGUUUGCUGUUAGUGUCCGGCUUGCUGAUGGUG